AAUAUGGAGGAAAGUGUUGAUUACAGUGAUAUAAAAGACACUGAGGAUGACAGUGAAAAAAAUAAUGUGAAUAAAGACGAAAAAGAGGAAGAAGUUAAUUCAAAAGUGGAUGAAAAGUUAGCAAGUGAGGAUGUUGAGGAUAACUCUGGUAUUCUAAAAGAUGAAGAGGAGGAAAAAACAGAUGAAAGUGGUGAUAAAGAAACGGAAAAAUGUGAUUCCGAUGUGACGGAAAGAAAAGAAAUUGGUGCUAAUGACAACAGUGAAAAAUGCUUCAGAGAUAGUGACAACAAAUGGUGAUGAAUCAGAAAAAAGUGAGAAAUCUGGAGAAAAUGUAAAUCUAGCCUCCAAGGACGAGAAAAAACCAAACGAAAAUGGUGGAACUUUGUCCAACAGCUUACCACAUCGAUCGCGUAAACGUCCUUCACAACCCACUGAAAUGAAAGUGAAUGGAGUCUGUGAGGGUAAAAUGGAUGAUGACGCAUCUACAGGGAAGUCUGAAGACAGUGAAAAGGAAAACCGUCGUUUAGAUAUUGACAUUCCGAUGGAUCUCAGUACCAAGUCAAACUCCACAACAAAUGGUAAUGAUAUCAUUAUGCUUUCAGAUUCAGAAUCUGAAGAGGAACCUUUGAUGAACGGAGAUUUUCAUGAACUUACUUCGAGCGAAAUCCUUAAGAGACGUAAACUCAUAAAGCAUUUUGAAUCAGAGUUACGUAAUGAGGAAGCCAAAUUAGUGCUAUUGAAAAAAUUGAAGCAGAGUCAGUUGUCACAUCAGUUGCAGGAGCACACAAGUGUUAACAACAAACAGCCCGCCAUGAAGCAGUCUUCAUCUCAACCCCCACCUUUAGUGCGCGGAAGUCAGCAGCAGCAACAACAGCAGCAGCCCCAGGCUCGACCUGCACAUAGCCAGCCUCCACAACUCAUGAGGGGUAAUCAGAUUCCCCAGUCCGGUAGGACACACCAGCAGGGACCCCCUCCUUUGGUGAAUAUGGGUGGUGGACAGCGCAUCGACAAUCGCCGGAUACCACACAUGGGAUAUCAAAGCGGCCUUGUGCCAGGACAGUCGCACCAGUCUCAUGGAAGUCACGGGAGCAUCAUGUCAAACUACCGACAGAGUCAGAGUUCUCAGGCAGCACAAGCUGCCCAGGCGGCUGCUCAGGCAGCUCGCGAGGCCAGGGAAGUAGACAAUCAGACUCCCGCCCAACGUCAGGCUGCAGCCAAAAUGGCUUUGAGGAAACAGUUGGAGAAAACUCUCCUACAGAUUCCUCCACCCAAACCUCCACCACCAGAAAUGAAUUUCAUUCCAAGUCUGGGUAGCCCUGACUUUAUAUCACUGCUUGGAUUGGAAGAAGCUGUCAAUUACAUCAUUGAUGCUGCACUUAUAUCGAAGGGACAGAAAAAUCCUGAUGAGAAGAUGGUUUGUAAUCCAUUCACAUGUAUUCAGUGUAACACAGACUUUACACCUGUGUGGAAGCGUGAGAAAGCAGGGUCCAAGAAUGUGAUUUGUGAGAACUGUGUAACGACCAAUCAAAAGAAGGUUAAACAGGAGCACACAAAUCGCCUGAAGAGUGCAUUCGUAAAGGCUCUUCAGCAGGAGCAGGAGAUUGAAAGGAUGCAGUCCCAAACAACAUCCUCCUCCUCCAACAAUGGAAAUGCUUCCUCUAAUUCCUCAUCGUCAUCCUCGUCCCUGCAGCAGCAACAACAGACACAGCAGCAAAGCCAUACAACGGCCAAUUCCUCGAGCAGUAGUGGCAACAGCUCACUGUCCUCAGGGCCACCCCCGUCCUCCCUCCCCUCAUCAGUGUACAAAGCAACGUCCGAGACAAUCCGCCAGCAUCAGAACUUCAUACAGGCACAUCAGGCGGCAGCAGCCCAUCAAACAGCUCUGAGGAUGGGCCAGCCCCUAGGUAUGGCUCCUUUUGCUGCUGCAGCUGCUGCAGCACGAGGGGGCUUCCCAUAUCAAAUUCCAUAUGGGGCCAAGCCAUCAGAUUUACAACUCCAACGACAAUAUCUCCUAGACAUGAUUCCUAACAAGGGAGCCAUGUCGUGGCGACCAUGAUUUAUGUAAAUUUGUAGUGUGGAGAUUUAUCACUUGCGAUUUCUUGUCUCUAAUUGUUCAGCUGCUUAUUUUAUAACUCAUUUCAUCAUUAAUUAUAAUUGAAACAUUUUGAAUGGGUUUCAUUACCGUAAGAAUUAGAUCAUGUGUAAAAGGUAGAUUAAAAAUAUAGAUUUAUUCUGUGGUGGCACUUUUUAUGGUAAGGUGUUCGAACAUCUGUGUUUUGUCACAUCUUUGAGCGAUCUAAUUCCAUUUACAACCUGGGGUGACCUACAUGUCCAUUAUUAGAUCUGAUUGUGAACAGAAAUGUAUGAUUAAAGGUUCUGUUAGAAUUUGUACAACAACUGCAGAUGUUUAACAGUAAGAAUAUAAUAUAAGUGUCUUUUAAAACAAGCAUAAUAUUGGAUAUAAACGAAGAAAAAAUGCCUCCUUUGUUCUAAAUGUGUUGUAGUAUUAUCAUAUGUAUAGAUGUUUAUCUACAGAUUUUCUCAACCCUUUGAUAAACUAAUAGUACAAUGCAUGUGUAGCUCUAAGAUAAAGACCUUUUAAAUGUAUCAUGUUUUUAAGCUCUAUCUUGAAUCCUUGACUUUCCAGAAGAUUUUGUUGUCAAUAGAUUUUUUCAGUGCUGUGAAAUGACCAUAGUUAAACUCAAAACAACGAAAUAUUUUUCAUUUUCAUCUUGUGCAUUGCAAAGUUUAUUAUUUUCAUACAUAUAAUGUAUGCAUACAUUUAUUAGUAAUUGCAGAUUGCAUCUUUCUUGCUUAGUUUUGUAAUUGAGGUCAACUUUUGUUUUUGAAAUAGAAACCUGAACACUAGUCUUGUGUAUAGUCAGAUUGAGGUUCAAAUUUGGAAGUUUUUUUUGUGUUAAUUGAUGGAUUACAGAUCUAUGUAUCUGUCAUAUACACCACUCAUCAACUGCUCAGAUUUCCACAGGUAACGGAUAAAUUUGUACUGCCGUCAUUAGAGUAAAAUCGUCAUUUGUUUGUUUGUUGUUAUCAUGUUAGAGGGAAAAAAUUGUAUCCUGUUUUAAGAUUAAUUUUCAUUCAUUUAUUCUGCUGAAUUUGUUUGAUCAAUCUCUUCAUUUCAAAUUAUUGUUGGAAAAGUCUUGAAUAAAUCAUACAGAUGUAUAUGAUUGAAAGCUUGAGGUUAAUUUUCCCUUUUUUUGAUGUGUACAAAUAUGUACAUUGAAUUGAAACAUUUUCUAGAAAAGUGGAAUAAAAAAAAAUGAGCAGGAAAACAUGUACCUCAUCCAAUCACUGAUGGUUAUAUAUAUAGACAGCAGGGACUAUUGUGUAAAUAUUGAUCAAUGCUCCUAUUGUGUGAAGUUAUUUAACCUUCAACCCAAAGGAACAACAUCCCCCUGUCAAAGGAGAGCUGGUCUCGACUUCUGAUACAUCAAUGAACCAUGUUGUCAAGAUCUUUGCAAUAUUUCAUCAUGUUUAAUUAAUUUAUAUUUAAUGUGAUGAUGUCUUAUAUGCCAAAAGUAACCUCAGAUACACAGUAAAAUGAGAUUUGUCACGUGAAGUGUAUGUUGGAUGGACAAUUGUACAUAGAACUUGUUAAGAUAUUUCACACAGCAGUUUAAAGUCUGUAUACAGUGGUUUAUGGUGACCUCAGACCGCACAGUACCUAGUGUUCUAGUAACGUUUGUACUGACCGUGUAUACCUAACGUAGAUCUAGAGCUCUGUAUGUUGAGGCCAACAAAAAAGGUUUUCUGUAGGAAACCACAGCUUUCAGAUUUUGUAUUUUUUUUCUUGUGUGGCACAAAUAUUCUGACUUGUAUUGUGCUUUUUCAAAUCAAUACUUUGAAUAUGAGACUUGCAGGGAAGGUGUCAGAAGAGUGGGUAGGAUUACGAGAAUCAAAUUUUAGGCCUCGCAUAUUGUUACUGGACAAGACACUGUUAUAGGAUAUCAAUAGUGCUACCGACAUCUGUCUUGUUUACGCAUCUUCUUUUUCAACUGUAUAUAUAGCAAAGGUCCCAGCACAAACACUGGUUUUUGAGUCAUUGUACCAGAAUUUUAAGUUUGGUUGAUAUUUUUGACUAGUGGUGCGUUUUUCACAUUUUUUAGCAAUACAGAGCAAGUGCAGAUAGAGAACUUUUAACAGAAAUUAUAUCUGGGUAUGUAGUGCACACCAAAAAGAUUUUAUACUUUGAUAAUGUUAGGUCUUAUUUUUGUGAUUACUGUAUGUUCAUGGAUUUUCACAAGUUAAUCUUGCAUUUAAAGAAAAAAAAUGUUAUAGGCCUAGUAAAACAAAAAGUGUUUAAUUUAAAGUAAGUAGAAAAGAUUAAAAAAAUCAACUUGAACUGGAAUGGAAUUGGUAUGAAAGAUUUAUUUUUCUGAAAAGAAAAUUGAAUGUUGACAAAAUCGUUCAAUUCUAGUCUAUAACUAUUGCCUAGUUGUACAAAUUUACGUGUAAAAAGUUUCUGGUAUAUUUCUUGAUCUACUGUGAAACCCAAGUUAUUUCAGUUGUUUAGGACUUGCUAUUUUCAUAUAAUGCUGCUAGUCAACUCAAGGGAAGUAACCCACCUAUUUUGGAGAGUGGUGUAUGCCAAAUGGAAAAUUAUCAAAUGUUAAAAAUUGUAAAACUGAUCGGGAAUAAAACUUGUUAUUUAAUUUCUGUCUAUGUUAUGGAUAUAGAAAAAUGUUUCAAUAAUGUUAUUAGGUUGUAUGGAAAUCAAAACUAGUAUUUAUUAUUACCGUAGACUGUUGGGUGUAUUUUGUAUGAUAAGCAAUACUGUUGAGGACAGCUGUUGGUUCAGCUGAGUGGAGGAAGCAGCUUUUACAAUAUCCGCCUAUAUAGCCAUUCAUGACAUCACUUGGUCCUCUUCUGGAGUUUGUUGUUGUGUUCAAGACACAAGUGUCACAUAUUUGUACCAAACUGUAUAGAAAUUGUUAUUUAAUGACAAACAUUGUAAAGUAAAUGUUUGAAAAUCAG